AUGUGGUGUUGUGCAUGAUAAAGCUAUGGCUUCUCUCAGCUGGUUCUCGUGUAGACGGUUGUACCGGUGUGUUUAUCCUCUGUGUACUGGUGCGAUAAGGAUCAGCGGGCAGCGUGGUGUGUUUAUACCGGGCCGCUGUGAGCUUGUACCCGGGCGGCAGCUGCACAGAGCACCGCGGCGCUGGCAGUUUGAAAAAGGGACGUGGGGAAAAACUCGACCAGACCAACAACACCUCACUGAACUGGAUAAAGCAGAUGCUCUGAUGCUGAGGAAGUCACAUGAAACUGGCUUCCUGUCAUGGUUCCGAAAUGGUUUGUUGGCUACUGGGAUUGGAGUCAUUGCCUUUGUGCAGAGUGAUGUAGGACGAGAAGCUGGAUAUGCAUUCUUCAUCUUGGGUGGACUGUGUGUAUCGUUUGGUGGAGCAUCCUACAUGACCAGUUUGCUGUCUUUGAGGAGAAUCAUGCUGCUCUCUGUCCCGUCUGUGCUCCUCCACUCCACAGUGGUGUUCAGUGCCGCCCUCUUCUGGCUGUGUGCUGUAUCACUUUACAUAGGCCGGCUCGAAGUAGAGAUCAUCAGAGAUGAAGAUGAGGACGAAAAAGAGGAUGGUGGUGAUGAAGGGAGUGUGUGUACAGAGUGUGGGGCUCGGCAAAACAGGCGCCAUGCAUGUGACAGAGGCCAGGAGAAAUAAUGCAAAGACUCAUGGGCAUUAUUAAAUUUUGCUCCGAUCAUCCGUCUGAUCCUGUACAUGUAUAUAAAUAGACAGAAGGUAAACGUAAUGUUACUUUAACAGAAGUGGCAAUCCAUUGUGUUAUUAUGCUGGUUUAUUAUACAAAGAUUGAAGGGCCUGCUGGGGCUAUUGCUUUAAACUGGUCUGUUUUCUUAUUGGUGCAUAAGAAUCAGGGCUAAUGAAAAUGUGAACCCUUUGCAAAUAAUUAGAUUUCUGUAUUAAUUACAUGUAAAAGUGUAAAAGGUUUGAACAUUACAAACCAACACAUUCUGCCUAAGUUAAAAAACACACAAUUUUACUUUUCAUGUCUUGUAUAUUAAAUAAUAUUUUUUUCUUGUGGUGAAAAAAUGGAAUAAGAAUGUAAAGUUUGCCCGAUACAUUUAACCAAUAACUAAUCAUUAUGUGCUUGGUUCAUGCUCAACUAAUAGCAACCCAUUAAAUAAAAUAUCGAACCAU